AUGAAUAGUCAAAUCAUUGAAGAGGUGAAGAGGUGUAUAGAGGAGGUUAUGUCUCUAAAUGAUAUUGAGGAGAAGAGUCUGAGACAAAGGGUAAAAAUAGAGCGGCUUAGGAUUGGGGAUGGAAACAAUGCCUUUUUCCAUUCCUCCAUAAAAGCCAAGCAAAAUGCCAAGUGCCUGAACUACCUUCAAAAAUAUGAUGGCUCUAUUAUUACAACUCACCAUGAGAUUGAAAAGGAAGUGUUAGAGUUCUAUAGUCAAUUGAUGGGAAAGCAGGAUAACAACUUAAAACAUAUAGAUAUAAAGGCUAUGAGAAUCGAAAAUCAGUUGAACAUGGAGCAAAGAGAGAAUCUGAUUAGAUCUGUUUCCAAGCAAGAGAUCAUUAAAGCUUUAAAAUGCAUGGGUGAUUUGAAAGCACCUGGGAUUGAUGGAUAUGGGGCUAGGUUAUUCAAAUCCAGCUGGCCAAUUAUAAAAGAAGAUGUGAUUGCUGCAAUGAAAUAG